UGGGGAGGAGGAGAGCCAAACGAUGGAAGAAGAAGCAGAAGAGGACGAGAACCUGCCGCCGGGGGAAGAGCAGGGGAUGCGGGACAGCCUGCUCGGGGGAGCCCCGGAAGGGGCUGCAGUGCCAGCUGAGGUGCCUGUGCCAGGGAAGAGAGAGGAAGAUGGCAGAGGUAGGGUGCCCGAAGGAGGCUUCGGCUGGGUCGUGGUGCUGGCGGCCACCUGGUGCAGCGGCUCCAUCUUCGGCAUCCAAAACUCGUUCGGGAUCAUAUAUGUGAUGCUGCAGGGGGAGAUGGAUGGCACCGAGGAACAGGGUAUGGACUUCAAGACAGCUUGGGUUGGAUCGCUAGCCAUGGGAAUGAUCUUUUUCUGCUCUCCAGUUGUGAGCAUCUUCACAGACAGACUCGGCUGCAGGAAGACAUCAUCUGGAGGAGCUGCGCUUGCCUUCAUCGGAUUGUUAUCAAGCUCAUUCACAAAGUCACUUGGAGUUCGUUAUUUUACUUAUGGAAUCCUUUUUGGCUGUGGCUGCUCCUUUGCUUUCCAGCCCUCCUUAGUCAUUCUCGGUCACUACUUCAAGAAACGUCUUGGUCUAGUAAAUGGCAUUGUGGCUGGUGGCAGCUGCGUGUUCACUAUGUGCCUUCCAUUUUUACUGAAGAUGAUGGGAGGAGCCAUUGGCCUUCAGCACACCUUCCAGGUGCUCAGCGUGUUCAUGUUCAUCCAGAUUUUCCUUUCCCUCACAUUCAAGCCUCUCCUUCCACCCCCAGUUGAUUUCAGCAAAGAAAAGGAAAAGGUGGCUGGGAGGAGCAAGGCCCAGCAGUGCAUGGCACACACACGGAAAUACUUUAAUAUGCAAGUGUUUCGGAGGAAAACCUACACAAUUUGGGCACUUGGUAUAGCCACUACAGUCCUUGGAUAUUUUGUUCCCUAUGUCCAUCUGAUCAAGUUUGUAGAGCAGAGAUUUAAAGAGAACACAAAGGAGUGGGUCUUGCUGGUUUGCAUAGGAGCCACAUCUGGAAUUGGGCGCCUUGCUUCUGGAAGAAUUGGCGACAGUAUCCCUGGUCUAAAGAAGAUUUACUUACAGGUGGCCUCCUUCUUGCUGCUUGGAAUAUUGAGCAUGAUGUUACCUUUGUGCCAAGUGUUUGAGAGUGUCAUCGUGGUGUGCUUAUUCCUGGGACUGUGUGAUGGCUUUCUAAUCAGUAUGAUGAGCCCUAUUGCCUUUGAGUUAGUGGGACCCAUGCAGGCAUCUCAAGCCAUUGGUUACGUUCUUGGACUCAUGUCCAUCCCAAUGACUGCUGGACCGCCCAUUGCAGGCCUCUUACGUGAUUACUGCGGGAGCUAUGACCUUGCAUUCUAUCUGGCUGGCAUCCCACCGCUGAUUGGAGCUAUGGUGCUUUUGUCUGUACCGCUGGUCCAUGAGAGAGACCUGAAGAAGAAACGACAGAUGGAGGAGGAGAAAGAGAAAACACAGGACAGCGUGGUGAAUGGAGAGCUUCUGCCUGGGAGCCCAGUAACAGAUGAAUGUGUGUAGCCCAGUUUCCUCUUAUCAAACACCUACAAGGCAUCAGGCAUAUGUAAGCCACCUCUGGGCUAUAAAGUACUGGUGGAGUACAGUGCUAUAUCUCAUUCCUCAUUUCACAUCCUUGACCUGAUUGGCACUGGAAUGUAGAUGGACUCUGGUUUGAAGGCAGUUUAAUGAGGUGCCAAAAGUCUAGAAUGUAAAAGUAACUGUUAUGAAUGUAUGUACAAACACAUUUUCACUACUGUAGGUAUGUGUGUAUUUGCAUACUUACACAGGCGCAUACACAAUCACACAUACGCUCACAGUCCCCUGUACAAAGAUGAGGUUGUAUGUGUGAGCACCUGUUUGAGUGUAUCUUAACACUAGUAAACAAGAACUGGAAAAGGUAUUCGCAGCACAAAAAUGUACUGAUGUUGUGAUUGCAGCUUUUGCUCUUUUCUUGUAUGCUUAUAGGUAGUCUUAGCUAUAUGGCUUAUAUAGUUACUAUGCUUAAUAAUGAGCCAGUAUAUGCUGCAGCAAUCUUUGGCAAGGAAUUGUCCACAGGGGUUAGUAAAUAGGCACAUUGACAAAGGGUUGUCUGCCUAAAUGUGUUUGUACAUGUUUGAAUUUAAAACUGGGUGCCCAGGGAAAUAGUUAAAUGGCCAUGGCACAAUGAGUGUUUUAAUUGGUGUUAAAGUAAAACUUAAAAUAGAGAGGAUCACUACAAAUAACUUUCCAGAGUUGAGAAUAGAAAGCUAAUUACGUCUUUGGUACCUAAAAUUGCAUACCAAAAGAAAAUGACAUUUGUGUACCCCGCUACAUGGAUCCUCAGCAGCAGGGAACAAUCCACAACAGACAUAAUCAUUGGCAACUGAUAUGCCUUGUGUACCAUAGCCCUAGAGAGUGAUAGGCUGCUACUUAUAGAAGAAGUCCAUCUAACCAGCUAUCACCAGAUCUAAAGCAGAAAAUGCAAUUUUGCACUCAACAGAUUCAGUCCAACUGUUCUGUGUUACCUUUCCAUGCAUAAAACAUAAAAUACCAUUUUUAAGUGAAAGGAAUAUUUGAAUUCCAAAGAAUUAUAGAAAUAUAGAAGCGGAGGUUAAUGGAUAUUGAGUGUCUUUAUAAAAGCAAAUAAUGCCCCCCCCCCUCCAAUUCUCCACUUUUUGGUGGGACAGUAUGGCAGCACCUACUGCAUCAAACCCAAAGUCAGCUGAUCCAUCACACACUUUAGCUUCAGUCGCAGCCACUGAUCUGCCGUGCCCACACUCUGCUUGACUUUCAGUUGCAACAUUUCAUUUAAACACAUCUGCAAUGUGAACUAGGCCUUACUGAAACAGUUGUUGAUACAUAGAGCAUCAUUUUUGAAGAACACAAAAAGCAGUCUUCAUUUUCCGGUUUAUACAUUUCUCAGUACAGUGAUUUCAUUAGCACAUUAUGGCUUGCACAAUAUUCUUGCAGUGGCACCUUCAGUAUUCCAUUACGGCCUGCAGUUGCCAAACUUACUCAUGUAAUAUAGUGAAUCUUUAUUGCACCUCAUGAAACAUCUUCUUUGGGACCAUCUGCGAUCAGUGAAAAACUUGGUGUCAGUGUAAUGAUUCUUUUGUAAAAUGGGCUUCAUACUUUGAUUAUUGUAACAUGUUGUAUUGUAUAAUUUCUGGGAAGAGUUUAUUCAGCACAUGAAUAUUCAGCUUACAUCCAAAUUGGAAUUUUUGGUAAUUCAGCGGUUAAAGUAGACAGACACUGACCCUUUCUGUAUAGUAUCUGACUAUUUGGCUGGCAGGCUGAACAGACGUCACAGUAAAGUCACCUUUGGGUGGUUCUGUUCGUUUGGAACAACAUCUGAACUAUCAGAACUGCAGGAAGUGAAAAGGAGCUGUGGCUCUUCUUAACCUUAUUAUCUGCCAGUGCAGAAUUCACUGGCCAACAAAUAGAAUUUCCAAAUUUACCCAUUAAUGAACAAAACGGUAUAUUGAUAUCCUAUUGUUAGUACAAACGCUACAUGAUAUACAGUACAUGAUAUUGAAGCAAAUGCCAAAACACUGAUUAAUACAUAUAUUUAUAAAUAUGUAUUGUGUGUUUUUUAUAUAUAUAUAUAUAUAUAUAUAUAUACACACACAAACACAUUUCUGAUUACAUAUAUGUUGCCUUCAGGUGGCUUUGGCUUUGCACGCUACUGUAUUGAGGGUUCAUAGUGUACCAAGAAUAUAUUGUGUAUGAUGGAUGCCAUAAUAAUUUUAUGGUAGUACAACCCUGGGAUAGCAAGCAAUGAGGUGAAGGUGCCAAAAAGCAGUAGCAUUAAUCCUGCAAUGGCAAACGUGAUAUUUCCAGUAUCCCAGGUAUGCACCCCAGGUAUAUUUAGACUUCCCUUCUUUUGCCAGGGUAUCACUGAAAUACCCAUCAGCAGAGAAAAUAACUCUAUAUAGUUUUACUGUAAGCAAAUGUUCAUUUUAAAUGGGUUGUUCACCUUUAAAUUAACUUAUAGUAUAACACAUGCAAGUGGUUUUUUAGUUGUUUAGCUUUUUCUUAAGCAGCUCUCCGGUUUGUAAUUUCAGGAGCAAUCUGGUUGCUAGGUCUUGUUUGCCUUAGCAACUAGGCAUUGGUUUUAAUGAGACACUUGAAGAUAAAUACAAGUGGGACUGAACAGAAGGAUAAGGAAUAAAAAGUAACAAUAACAAUACAACUGUAGACUUACAGAGCAAUAGUUUUUGUCUGCCGGGGUCAGUGACCCCCAUUUGAAAGCUGGAAAGAUAUAGAAGAGAAAUGAUCCAAAAACUAUAGAAAAUA